AGCCAGCAUUGGGGAGUUAACAUUCUAGCUUUUGUGUCAUCAAUGCCCGCGCUGAGUACAAUUGCUCACAAUUGAUUCGGUAUUAUAUGAACUGCUCUUCCCGUUUGUGUAAACGCAGAAGUGUACAAUAAUUAAAAACGAUGCUGGGGACUCUGCAGAGAGCUCGCAGCCUUUUGAAUUGUUCUCUGUCCAAGGCUCUAAAAAACGUCAGAGGAGUACAGUCGUCUGCGGGACGGUUGUCAGAUCAUUUAUUCGUCCACCGAGAUUCUGAAGAGAACAAUCCUAAUACUCCGUUCGAGUUCAAUGAGGCAAACAAGAAACGUGUCGAAGCAAUCCUGGCAAUUUAUCCCGAGGGUCAUAAGCGCGGAGCUAUGAUGCCCUUGCUAGAUUUGGCGCAACGCCAACUCGGAUGGUUGCCUAUUUCAGCCAUGCACAAAGUAGCAGAGAUUUUGAAACUACCUAACAUGCGCGUAUACGAAGUGGCCACGUUCUACACAAUGUUCAAUCGGCAGCCAGUAGGAAAAUAUCACGUCCAAGUAUGCACAUGCACACCUUGUUGGCUUCGUGGCUCUGAUGAGAUCCUUCAGGCUGUAACUAAAGCAGCUAAUUGUGCAGUUGGCCACACAUCUGCUGAUAAACUCUUCACAGUUAUCGAGGUGGAAUGUCUGGGAGCUUGUGCCAACGCUCCAAUGCUCCAAGUAAACGAUGACUAUUAUGAAGACCUUACUGCCGAGACUACAGAGAAAAUAAUAAACGCAUUAAAGAAUGGUCAAGAUAAACCACCACCAGGACCUCAAGUGUCAUCCCGAUUUGCUGCAGAACCAGCAGGUCAAUUGACAACCUUAACCAGCCCUCCACCUGGCCCUGGCUUCAAAAUUCGUUCAGAUUUAUAGAAAACAAUCACCUAAUACUUCUGUAAAAGUAGAUAUGACUUUUGCGAGUCAAGUAACACUGCUAUAUGGAUAGCCCAAUAAAUAAUAUUCUAGAUCGUUACAAAUUA